AUGCUAGCUAUUAUCUUUGCAUGCUUGCUACAAUCAGCUAAUGGUCAGUAUUCAAGCAUAACUGAGUCAUCUGUCAAUGUAACAGCACCACAGUUAAGCUAUGGAGGAAGCGAAUCAAGUUAUGUCUAUACAAAACCAACAGUUCCUGCAGCUCCACCACAUGUUCUAAUAAGAGAUGAGCCAUCGCUCGGAUAUCGGCCACCGCCACCUCCGAUAAGACGAGAUGCCAAAAGUUCCGGAAAGUGUUCCUUCGAUCGUAAAUCUUGGCGAUUCGAGCCUCAAACUGCAAUUGCAAACGCAAUAAUGUUUGAGCGCACAACUGGCUUUACAUGUGAGGAAUGUGUUCGAAAAUGUCUCCAUUUUCAGUUAUCCCAGGAUCCGAAUUCCGAAUGGAUGUGCCGUUCGUUAACUUUCGAUCAUCACUGGAAAAUUUGCGAUUUAUUUGCUGUGAAUGGCACAAAUCCUCCUCAUUUCCUUACUGAAUAUUUGGAUAGAGAUUAUCUCGAAUAUCUGCGAGUAAAUCCGUCUUCCAAUGUUCAUUUAACUCAGUACUCGACUGUCUCUGAUGCAGGCAAUAAAGAACCAGCAUAUCUAACAGCUUCACAAAACACAGAGAUAACUGAAAAAUAUGGAUCAGAUUCGCUUUCAGACUACCAACCUGUGCACCGAAAAUUGACUAACAAAAGUGGUGAAAAGCUAUGCAAGAAUGAAGAUGUGACACGUUACGCAAUGAUAUUAAACUACGAACGGUUAAAUUCAGCGACUGAUAUGCACUUUGUUAAAAGCGAAAGUCUGAAAGAAUGCGCAAGAGCAUGCGAUCAAGAUGAGAUGUUCACUUGCACAUCUGUUAUUCACAGGACUAAAGAAUGCGAAUUAUCAGUUUCAAGGACUACUCAUAAAAACAGUGAUGACUUCAUCUUCAAAGAAAACAGCACAUAUCUGGAAAAAUUUUGUUUCUCAGCGAGUUUAGCCAAGGCAACAGAAAAGUUGUGGCCAACAGUCCUGGAUCAUAUUCUUGUUGGUCAUGUAGUGGAAGUGGUUGAUGCAGCCUCGCUGAUCGGAUGUAUGAGUGCCUGUUUACAAGCUGAACAGGAAUUCUCAUUCCUGUGUCGUUCAGCAAUGUGGUACCCAAAUGAUAAAGAUCAGAACUGUUUGUUAAAUACGGAAAAUCGAGAAACACAUCCAAACGUAUUUGUUGCUGAAAAUCAGGGAGUUCGCGUGUUUUACUUUGAAAUACCACGAACACGCAAUAAGAAGGAAAUAUCCGACGUCUUCCGGGACGAUCCAGUUGAGGACGAUUAUACACAGUGGUCAUUAUGCAACAGUUCCAAUGUGCAACAUCGCUAUUUGAAAUGCAAAGACCAAACUGAUGUACGAAAAUGUCCACAACAAACAAAACUUUGCAAGCGAGGUAACUACCCGCUAAUUCCGAUGGAUUUCUAA